AUGGAAUCCGGUGCAAAGCGGAGACAUAUUCCCCCGUGGCCUCCGUUUAAACAAUCAUAUCAACAACUAGGAUCGACAGAAAACCUCCAUCUCACUCCGCUUCCUCCCACAGGAGGCACCCCGCUGUCGAAUCUACCAAGCGCGAAUUUGCUCAGUCCAGAUCUCAACAGUGUCACUACAUAUACCCCAGAUCCUUUGGCUAGUACACCCACAGCCUUUCUAAGAUCACCCAGUAAGCAUGCCCCUGCGAAAAAAGGUUGGCGAAGACGGGGAUGGCGGUCCGGUUCACGGAUAGCUUUGGCCUGUGCCGUCUUGGUACUGGUGACAAACAUCGCCCUCACGAUCGGUAUUGUGACGACUGGAAGUGACAUGACGGAUGGUAUUUGGAUGGUAUAUAGGGGCAGUUGCAGCGCGACUGAAACGAAGGACACCUGGGUCCAUCUGGGGCUCAACGUGGUGGCAACAGUUUUGCUGGCCAGUUCCAACUUCUGUAUGCAAUUGCUGUCCAGCCCGAGUCGGAGUGAGGUUGAUAAAGCCCAUGUGAAUCGAAAAUGGCUGGAUAUUGGCAUUCCCAGUCUUCGCAACUUGGGCUCUCUGAGGAGGAAGAAGGUCGCGCUCUGGUGGCUACUGGGAAUAUCAUCCAUCCCCCUUCACCUUGUAUACAACUCCAUCUUCUACUCUGCUCUCGCAACCAACAAUUACAGUGUCCUCUACGCCUCGCAAAGCUUUCUCCAGGGCGCUUCAUACGACACUGUCAAAUUCCCCGACACCGAGGCUUGCAACAUCACCGACAUCCGGUCGCGACUCAACGAAUUUAUCAUCCUGAACAACGAAGACUGCAUUCAUGCUUAUGCGAAGGAUUUUGUCGAAGACCGCCGGAAUGUCAUCGUGGUGGUUCAAAAUCCUCCAGCAAGCGAAGGUUCGCUAUUCAAAACUACAGAAAAUGAAUUUCCAGCGGAAAUCACAAACGCAUAUAAUCCCUUUGCCUGGAUAUGUGACAAUCCUAAUGUUGUCAACCAAACCGACGCGUGCUGCGAGAAUGAAUACGGUUUCGUACCGUGUUCCAAAAUCACUCCGAAACUGGUCGACAUGGCUGACCAGUGGUCUACCGGCGGAUUCGAAGUCGACCACUGCCUCUCCGAGCCCGUUGAGUCGGAAUGCCAUCUCCACUUUUCCCUCGUCUUGAUGGGCGUGGUGUUGGGCUUCAACAUCCUCAAAGUCAUUGGCAUAGCGUAUGUCGUUUUUCGAUUGGGUGAACCGCCGCUCGUCACGGUCGGUGACGCCAUCCAAUCCUUCCUCCGCAAUCCAGACCGGACAUCUGAGGGCAUGUGCCUAUCCAGCCACGCAAGCGUCGUCGCGUCUUCGAAACUUGGCUAUGCAGCGACGACCAUGCGUUACGAACCACAACAACACCGUUUCUAUGAAUCUGCGAGCUGGCGGCAGUGGAGUUUUCUCCUUGGGCUGUUCACCCUCCUGGGGAUCGGGACUUCGGCCUGUUUGGCGCUUGGUAUCGAAAACUUUAAAGGUGAUAAGACGAUCCAGAACGCGUGGUCCAUUGGAUUGGGCACGGUGCGGCCCCAGAACCUCAUCAUGGGUUGGAAUCUCCCCGGGUAUGGCAACACCUCGAUCGCGAUCUCAACGCUGAUUGCCAACACCCCCCAAGCGUUGUUCUCUUUUCUCUACGUCUGCUACAACAGUCUGUUCACCGUCAUGUUUGUCUCCCGCGAACUAGCCAACUUCAGCGUCACGGCGGGCCGCGGGCGGAAAUAUCUGCGUGUUAGCGACGCGCGAGGGGAGCAGAAGUCGACAUACUUCCUCAAUCUGCCGUACAAGUAUGGAAUUCCAUUGCUGGUGGGUUCUGGUUUGAUGCACUGGCUCGUGUCUCAAGCCAUUUUCCUGGCAAACAUAACUAUCAUUCCGCGCGACGGUCUGGUGCCCAUGCAGGAUGAGAUCACUACAGUGGCGUACUCCCCGAUCGCAAUGCUGUUCAUGCUGUUCUUGGGCUUCGCGAUGCUCUUGUUCCUUCUCCUCACGGCACUACGGAAACUUCCCAUCGGUAUGCCUCUUAUUGGCAGUAACUCGCUUGCCAUCAGUGCGGCCUGCCACCCGCCCACUGGCCCUGAUCAGAGCGAGCGUGAGGACAUGGUACUUCAUCCACUCAGCUGGGGUGCUGUCCCUGGCGGAGCCAAAGUCCUCGAUCUCGGUAUCCGUGAUCACCAUGCCCACGGCUUCGAAGAAGGACCGGAUGAAAAUGGUAGAGGAAUUGGGCAUUGUUGUUUCAGCGACCGUGUGCUUGAGCCGCCAGAGAGGGGAAAAUUGUACGCUUGA